AUGGGUCGCCUGCAAGGUGCUCAAAAUCCGGAAGCCCUUCAACACCCAGAGGAUCAACAUCCUCAACCCCCUCAGCACCGCCCCGAAGCUCCUUUUGCCCAUCAGAACCCACCUUCAAAUGCGCCGCCGGCCGACUGCCCGCCGCAGAGCUCAGAGAAAGCUACCCAGUUCUCCUACCAUCCGCCUGGAGCUCCUGCUGUAGCUUACCCACCACAGUCACCGGCUCAGCGUCAGGCCGUCCCUUUCCCGCCAACUGCUCCGCCCUGUAGCCCUUCAAAUGUGCCGCCGGCGAACUACCCGCCGCAAACUCCAGAAAGACUUAACCACUUCUCCUCCCAGCCGCCUGGAGUUGCAGUAGCUUACCAACCACAAUCACCCGUCCCUUUCCCGUCAAACGCUCGGCCUUAUGAUUUCCACCAGGCUGCUGCUUUCAAGCCUCAGCCCGUGAACUGCCCGCCGGUAGAUGGGCCGCCUUACCCUCAACCGCAGUACCGUGCGGCAAACCCUCAACAGCAGUACCCUUCGGCAACUUUCAGUAGCGGUGCCCCCUGGACGACUGGAUUAUUUGAUUGCAUGGAUGAUCCAGCCAAUGCCCUGAUUACAGCUUUCCUUCCUUGCGUGACAUUCGGACAAGUUUCUGAGAUACUGGACAACGGCAACCCAUGCCUCACCGGCGGGCUCAUGUAUGGCGUACUAGCCUGGUUAGGAGUGCCCUGCAUCUUGUCAUGCACUUACAGAACGAAGCUGCGAGCCAAGUACAACCUGCUGGAGUCCCCUGCUCCCGAUCUCAUUACUCACUUCCUGUGCGAGCCCUGCGCGCUCUGCCAAGAGUACAGGGAGCUCAAGAACAGAGGCCUGCACCCAGGGAUUGGAUGGCAAGCCAACGUGGUGCUCCAAGCUCAACGACAGCAAGUGAAUAUGACACCCCCAGUGCACCAAACAAUGGCCGCCCCCUGA